AAAUAUUCAUGAAUCCACCAAUUCAAUUACAUUUUUUUAUGAAUCCAAUCCAAUUACAUUUUGAUCAAAAGGAUUGGAUUAAAAUAGAUUGGAUUAGUUUGAUAUUUUAGUGGAUGAAUUGGAUUGCAAUGGUAAAUUGGAUUGGAAAUUGCCACCUCUACACUGGAUGCACUCUGCCUAUUUAUCCUUGUUAUUGUAGUAAAAGGGGCAAAAUGAGAGGUCAAGGCAAAGGUAUGAAGAUCACGAUCGGGAAGCAGAGGUGCGAAGUAGAGCAUGAAGAUCGUGGCCUCCAUAGCAGAGAUCGCGGCCGCGAAUUAUGGAGCUCCAUGCGCAAACUUGAAGAACAAGCCGGAAGGGAGGACCAUAGAGUUUUGACAGUCGACUCGCGACUCCUGUUGUCCCAGCCUGCGAGAAAGAUCGCAGUUGUGACUCACGAAUCGCGAUCUCUCAAGCCAGCAAGGAGUAAAGUUGUUGCAUCCAAGAUUGCAGCCUCUCUCCCCCAGAUCACGGCCGCGAUCUUCUCUCAUCCAACCAUGAACUUUCUUUUCAUCCUAGAACUCUAUAUAUAGGGGACUCCUCCCUUGAGUAAAGUCGCUUCUAUCAGAUUUCUUGUUCUAGAGUGAGGUUACAGAGAGAAGUAGAAGUUUGGAGAAAAAGUGGAGGAUAGCUAUGGAGGAGGAUUUCCAACACUUGAGGACCUUUUCUUCAUGAUUUCUUCCCCUCUUUGGAUGUCCCUUCUUUCCCUCUGUUAGUCCAAGCUAGGUCAAUAAUGGAUACUUUUGACGUGGUCAAUGCACAAACUAAUUCAGAUUUCAAUAGUGAGAGAUUAGCACUAGCUUGAUUAAGCAAUCCAUAAGGACUUGCCAAGAAUCUCUCCUGAAGUGAUUAAUUUGUUGGCACUGAUGAAUAGAACAAAAUUAGAGAAGGUAUAGAGAGAGAGAGAGUCGGAACACGCGAUUUUAACGUGGUUCGGCCAAUAUGGCUUUACAUCCACGUCCCAGAGAUAGUUACCACUAUCUCACGAGAGACUCUAACUUUUAUUAAAAUAAAAGACUCUCUAACCUAUGAAAUUGAAACAACCUUAACACUUCGUGUGAAGAACCAAAUAGGUGCAACUCCACACCUAUUCAACCCUUAGCUAAAUCCAAGCUAAGCCACCCACUCAAUCAAUCAAGCCUACACUCUUAGUUUGACUUGAUUGGAGAGUAAUCCACCUAGUGCAACUUCCAAGAAAGAAUCCCCUCUUGCUCUUGCACUAGUCCCAAUUACAAAUACCCUUCCUACCCUUAAACCCUCCCUAGCUUGAAUAUCUCAACCCCCAAGAUAUCAAGCUAUUCACACCACGAAAUAUGAUCACACAAUUUCGCUAUUACAAGGGAGACGAGAGCUUUGCAAAAGGUUCUCUAAACUACAAAUGACUCUCCUAUUUAUAGUGAAAGCAAAACUCCAUUUCCUUUCAUUUGUAGUCCUUUAUAUGGCAAGUAUCUCCUUGUUUGAUAUGCUCUUCACUUGAUAUGGUAACUUCUUGAAGGCCAAGCAAUUGCUUUGAAUUCUUUCCUUUUCUUAGCAAAUCUUUUCAAGACCUUGAUUGUGAUAUUUCUGCAAGAAAUGUUAGUCUAAAAUAAAAGCACAUAUUCAAGACAACAUAAAAUUGCUAAUUUAAGCUUUUUGACUCAACAAUCUCCCCCUAAGCUUGAUUUAGCAUCCUAUUGCAGCAUAUGCUUUUCCAUAUAGCCAUCACAUAUCUCAAUACUCAUUCAACUAAUAAAUAGAAACUUCAAAU